GUCUCCAUCUGCUGGUUUGAUUACGAACUGCAGUCUUUCUGAACCAUUUUCUUUUCAGAAUUCUGACUGCAGUAAGGAUUUUUAAAUCAAUAUUCAUAAACAUAUAUUUCAGCAUCCAUAGUCAUAUUUCAGAUUAUAUAUACAUAGUUAUAUGGCUGAAUUCCGUCCUUCUGUACUUGCCUUUCGCUCUCUGUUUAGUACGCAUGCGUUGGCAGGGAGGGAAAACAAAUGUUGCCUAUGUUGCGCAUGCGCAAUACAAACCAAACCCGGAUAUAGGACUUGACAGCGCUUCUGGCGUCACAAAACCGUAAACAAGAGAGGAACCGGAGCAGGAACCACGUUUAAUUAAUGAAUUGACCUGGAUUUCGAAACGGAUUUAUUCUGUUAUGGAAGCGUCAUGUGCAGGCAACGUGAAUGAAUUCGGCACCUGGAAGCACUGUGCAGUGGAAGAGGAGAACCGCAGGCCGGUUUGGGCCUUCAGCAGGGGACACCUGUGACCAGGAGGCGCUUCUUCUUGCACACCAUCUUCACCACCAGCAGCAGCAGCAGCAGCAGCAGCAUCAUCAUCAUCAUCCUCGGCGUUUUCACCGCCUCCUGGUGCUCAUCUCUCCUCUCCUGGUGCUCUGCUCGCUGCUCGGGCUGGUGUUUGGGCGGCUGUGUGCGCUCCUAGCCUGGGUUUUGAAGCCCAUCUGCCGCACGAUGGCCACCAAGCCGAAGGAGUUUGGAGGUGGAGACCUCGAUGCCACCGGAGAUCUGAUCAAGAAGCAUCACAAGCAGGCGUUCGAGUUCAUCUCAGUGGCGCUGCGCAUCGACGAGGACGAGAAAGGUCACAAAGAUCAGGCGGUGCAGUGGUAUCGUAAGGGCAUCGCAGAGCUGGAGAAAGGCAUCUGCAUUGAAGUCACUGGCACCGGAGAGAAAGCAGACCGAGCCAGACGGCUACAGGACAAAAUGAACACCAACCUGAUUAUGGCCACGGAGCGUCUGCAGCUGCUGGCCAAGCUGAGCUCUGAUCCCUCACACACUGUACACACUGAACGCAUUAACUCGCCCCUCUCCAACGGCAGCCCCCACGCAGCCAGCAGUGUUGUACCCAAGAAGACAAACUCCUCUACAUCUCAGGUGAAGCUCAAGCCUGCUAGACCUCCCUCCAGCGCCCCCCAGCGCUCAACCAGCUUCACUGCACCAACCACAGGCCGAACAGCACCCCAAUCCAACCAAAGGGCUCCAGUAGGAAAGGGUUUUGCCAGAGGGAACACUAAAGCCAGCACUAUUUCUUCCUCCAAUCCACAGAGGAAGAAAGACAUGAAGAACUUUAAAAACGUGGACAGCAAACUGGCAAACCUCAUUCUCAAUGAGAUAGUGGACAGUGGCUCGGCUGUGAGGUUCGAAGAUGUAGCAGGUCAAGACUUGGCCAAACAAGCACUGCAGGAGAUUGUGAUCCUGCCGGCACUGCGGCCUGAGUUGUUUACAGGCCUGAGAGCUCCAGCGAGAGGAUUACUGCUGUUUGGGCCUCCCGGGAACGGGAAGACCAUGCUGGCAAAAGCAGUUGCCAUGGAAUCCAACGCUACCUUCUUCAACAUCAGCGCUGCCAGUCUGACCUCCAAAUACGUUGGUGAAGGUGAGAAAUUGGUACGCGCUCUAUUUGCUGUUGCUCGGGAACUCCAGCCGUCGAUCAUCUUUAUUGAUGAAAUAGACAGUCUCUUGUGUGAAAGAAGAGAAGGAGAGCAUGAUGCUAGCAGAAGACUGAAGACUGAGUUCCUUAUUGAGUUUGAUGGGGUACAGUCAGGAGGUGAUGACCGGGUGCUGGUAAUGGGAGCUACGAAUCGUCCUCAAGAGUUGGACGAGGCUGUGCUCAGGCGGUUUGCAAAGAGGAUAUAUGUGACAUUACCCUCCGAGGAGACUCGGCUAAAGCUGCUGAAGAAUCUCCUGAGUAAACAUGGGAACCCACUGACGCAGAAAGAGCUGAAUCAGCUAGCCAAGAUGACUGAUGGUUACUCGGGCAGUGAUCUGACCUCCUUAGCUAAGGAUGCUGCACUGGGACCCAUACGAGAACUUCGUCCAGAGCAAGUGAGGAACAUGGCAGCAAAAGAGGUGAGGAACAUCCUAGUCUCGGAUUUCAUCGAGUCGCUGAAGAAGAUCAAGAAGAGCGUUAGUCCUCAGACUCUGGAGCAGUACGCACGCUGGAAUCGGGAGUAUGGAGACACCACUGCUGUAUGACACACACUCCUCCUCUGACCUCUGGACUGUGACACUGUUGGACACACUGUUGAACGAGAGCUUGAUCGAGGACAUUAGUGAUUUGGGAGACGUCUUUCAUGACGACACGUUUGCUUCUUUAAUUAUACAUCACACAACUUCUGCUAUUUUGUUUGACUGUGAAUGCAGACUCGAAACAAGAACCAGUCCUGAACCUGAACCACCAGAAGCUCGGCUUUCGGUUAACUCUCGAAAUAUGACUGAACAUUUAGUUUCUGUUAGUGACAGUUAUAAUGACUUUAAACCCAGUGAUAUGAGACGUUACUAUUCUUUAAUUUAUUUGAUCAGUGUGCGCGCCGCUAACGUUACGGGUAAACCUUCUACGGCUCUUAUUAGCCCCACCCCCAAAGAUCCAUCUGGUGGUUCUCCAGUGCUUCUGUGCCUUAGAUUUUUCGCAGUGUCUUGACACGAACAUCAGGCUGGAGACGUGUACUGUAGCAGAGACCGUCCCUGAUCUCAGCGCCGGUGUGCUUUUGUUUUUCAGAAUAAUAUAAAAUCAGUAACCUGGCCAAAAAAAAAAAAUCUUACUCAACUUUUGGUAUGGAACUGUAUGAAAAAGUCCUGUAUUUAAAGCAAUAAGUUCUGCCAAAAUCAUGUCAGAUAAGACCUGCGCUGUUUAAAGGGUGUAGUAUUUAUUGUAAGAGACAGAAUCCUACGUAUUCCUCAAGAACAAAAAAAAAAGAAAUUUUGUGAUGCUUUUCAUCCGUUUGAAUGUUCCUGCAAUGUCACUUACUUACCCAUAGGGGGCAGCAGAUGCACAGGAAACGUCAACGGCAAUACAAAAUAAAGCAUGAAAUUGAACAUGAA